AUGACAGUGGACACUAUUGGACAUGUACACUGCAAUGUGACUGUCAGCAACCAUCGCCAUCAAUAUAUCACCGCAAUUGGAGAGAUCAACACAGCAUACUACCGAGAAUGCGUUAUACUUGCGUUACAAGCGGUUGCUGCAGUUCGACUUGAAUUAGAAUCACCAAUUGAAAGUGCCAGUCCAUCAAAUAAUAGACUGUCAAAACGAUCACCCGUUGAAUUGGAUGGUGAUAUCAUAAAAUGUUACACAAUGAAGUUCAAUGUUGAUGGAGUCAAUUUGAAUUUACGAGUCGAUUCAACAGUUUCUGAUAUAAUGGUACCACUUCCUAGUUCAAGCAACGAUGUAGGUUUGGCUAUACAAAGUAUUACAAGUGGAGAACCUGUUGCUAUAAAUUACAAAGGCAAAGAGUAUAAAGGAGUUACUUCCACAGCCGAUGUGACGAUUCCGGGUACUAGGAUAACUGGCAUCAACUUACCAGUAAUAGCAGUUGAAAAACAAUCACCAGAUCUAGUUGGUAUCGAUCCAAAUUUUGAUGGAAUAUUUGGGUUUGCCUAUUCCUCGUUGUCAAAACAACAUUCACAAAUCACUGCGAUGGAUAGUUUGUACAAUGAUGAUGUCAUUCCCAAUAACGAGGUUAGUCUUCAACUAUGUCCGUAUGAUAUUCUGCAUGAAAGUUUCAUCAAUAUAGGAAACACGGAUAUAACUCCAAAAUGUGGAACGGAUGGAAAAAGUGUUGCAUGGGUACAAUCGCCAUCAAACAGUUACUUUAGUGUCAACAUCAAGAAUAUACUAGUCAAUGACGAACCAGUGAAUCUGCCUGCUGAAUUCCAAAAAAAGAAAAGAAAAAAUGGACGUACUUUGUACUCUGUUGUGGAAACAUGCUUUUUAUAUAUGCGUUUUCCUAAAGUAGUCGUGGAAACGCUAGUUGAUGCUAUUCUUGAUAGUAAUGCGAUCACUAUCAACAAUAAUAUGCUUGAGCGCAAGCUCAAUGAUAAAGAAAUUGAAGACAUAUUUUGGAAACAUUAUCUAAUGUCUGAAAAAUACUUUCGUACUGGUUGGGACAAGCUGCCAACGCUUUCAAUUGUAAUGUUUGCUGAAAACCCCGUAACUGAUGACAAUCGCGAUUCCGUUGUAGAGAUCAAAUUGGGUCCUAGAGACUAUAUGCAGAGAGUUGGUUUUGAAAAAUUUGCGUUUGCUGUAAAAGCUGGUUCAAAUGAUCAUGCAGUUCUCGGUGUAUCAUUUAUGACUCGACUUAAAUUGACAUUUGAUCGAAAACAUAAACGCACUGGGUUUGGUCCUGGAUGUGGAUGCGAACUCUCGACUGAUGGAUAUCCUACUAUUUCAAACGGUUAUCGAGUGCUCUGGCCAUUACCACGAUUGCCUGAACAACCAACUACUUCAGGUUCAGAUGGCACAUUUAUUCGCAGAAGGAAACCAUCAACUACAACUGAUCAAAGAGUCGUGUCUGAAAAAACUCACCACACUGUCAACAGUCACAAACAGACUCACGAUAAACUCGACUGA